GGCCGGAAGUCGGAAGGCCAUCGCGCUCAUGUGGGUUCAUGUUGACAACAAAAAGUGUGUUAGAACAUUUUCACUAGUAAUAAUUCACAGAGGGCAGAUAGGGGCUUCAAAAUAAAACAUGUCCGACAACGAAGACAACUUCGAUGAUGGAGAUUUUGAUGAUGCCGAGGAGGACGAGGGAUUAGAUGACCUUGAAAACGUGGAAGAUGAAGAUCAGGAGAACGUGCAGAUCCUGCCGGCGGGAGAGGGUCAGCAGGCAAAUCAGAAGAGGAUCACAACACCAUACAUGACCAAAUACGAGAGGGCCAGAGUGCUGGGGACACGAGCUCUGCAGAUAGCGAUGUGCGCUCCGGUCAUGGUGGAGCUGGAGGGAGAAACAGACCCCUUGCAAAUAGCUAUGAAAGAGCUCAAGAGCAGAAAGAUCCCCAUCAUCAUCCGCAGGUACCUUCCUGACGGCAGUUAUGAGGACUGGGGUUGUGACGAGCUCAUCAUAACUGAUUAAACAAAUGAUCCAGUCUGCACUGACACAACAGUCUGUGCUGUUUCACACUCUCCGUCGUACCAGGUCAGUCAGCUGCACAAACCCGGGGGAGUCCUUAGACUGACGGCGUCAUCACCCACCUGCUCCUACCUUCACCUGAAACACAAAAUGGUCAGGUGACUGUGAGAGCUGGUGAAAUAUGAACACAUGAAAUGUUCCAAACAGACACUCAGAGAACCGUGAAAAUCUUUUAUGUUGAUGAUCCUUCGUCUGAAUAACCGUGAAUUUAACUAAAGUGAAAUUCAGACUUAUUAUCCACCGUACUUCCUAUUUUAACAGCUGCAUUAUAACAAACAACCACAAGGGGGAAAUGUAUCUUAAGGCAAACAUUUACUCAAUUUUUUUUUUUUUACAAAAUAAUCCUGUGUUGUAAUUAUUCCAUCUAUUGUUUUGAAGGACAGAGGUGAUUAAUGUAAAAUAACUGUUUUAUAGUUUAGAAUAAACUCUUUUGUAUGAACAAGCA